ACCACAGAUCUCAAUGUAGGCCUACUCAUAAACCGAAACUCCUUAUUCGAAAAACCAAUUGAAAUUCCUUAGUCUACCGAGUUCGCCUACAAAUUGACGUCACGGCUGAACGGCUCCAUACAUUUUUGCGUAUUUGAUCUAUUUUAGUUAAAAACAAAAACGAGAUCCACUAUGAAUUUAUGACUAAAAUGCUAAAUAUUGCACAUGUUAUUUCUUACCUUUCAAAUGUAUAUAUAAAACGUUUUAAAAACAAUCCUUAAUCUUAGGUAGUAAAAUAUUUGACAUUCAAAAUUCUCAACUAGCACUUGGAAGAUCAAAUUCAUAUUGGUAGAUAUCAUUAUAAAAAGCAUGAAACACUGGCAGCGUAAUCUCCACCCGUUUCAUGAGGUGUGAAGGAUGUCGGCGAAACGAAGAGAGCGCUUUGUAACCCACCGCCGCACCCAUCAGAUCAGCGUUAUUUCAGCACACGUCGCCGCUUGCUUUACCUAUACAGUUAUUCGAGGAUUCGGCACGGUCCGUUUGAUGGAAAAAGCAAGAAGAUGAUACUUUGAAGAGGGUAGACAUGGAAACCCGACGCUGAGUUAUUUUAAUUGUCACCAUUUGACACCAUGGCCAAACAGUAUGAUGUGCUGUUUAGACUCUUGCUUCUCGGAGACUCCGGUGUCGGAAAAACCUGCCUAUUGUGCAGAUUCACGGACAAUGAAUUUCAUCCCUCUCACAUUUCUACCAUCGGUGUCGAUUUCAAAAUGAAGACCUUAGAGAUAGACGGCAUUAAAGUACGAAUACAGAUAUGGGACACAGCAGGUCAGGAAAGAUAUCAGACCAUUACGAAGCAGUAUUACAGACGAGCACAGGGUAUCUUUCUGGUGUAUGACAUCACAAGCGAACGUUCAUUUCAGCACAUCAUGAAGUGGGCCAGUGAUGUGGAUGAGUAUGCCCCUGAGAAGGUGCAGAAGAUACUUGUCGGGAACAAAUCUGAUGAAGAACAGAAGAGACAAGUAGCUACAGAGCAGGGGAAUAAGCUCGCCAAGGCUUAUGGGAUGGACUUUUUUGAGACAAGUGCCUUUACCAACCACAACAUUACAGAGCUAUUUAGGUUGUUUAUUUCUUCUCCAUUUUUUCCUUAUCAGUCUUUUACCCGAUUGGCUGAAUUAGUCUUACAAGCCAAUAAGAAGGAUCUUGAUUUGUUGGGAAGUUCAAUCAAUGACGAGUUCAAUCUGGCUGCUUUGGAGGAGCAGGAAGGAUUGUGUAAUGCUGGCGACAACACACGUAAAUCCUGCUGGUGCUGAGGACAGGAAGAGACUUGACCGUACUUUCGGUUCAUUUUCAUAUUUAUGUUGCACUGUACAUGGAAUAUUGUUUUACUUAAGUCAAAAUUAUUAGUAAACUGUAUUUUGUUCCUUUAAUGGCUUAUAUCCUGUUCAUUUUGAUUAAUAUUAUUUCUUCUUAUACUUUAAUUUAUAAAUGGAAAGUGAAACAAUUAAGAAUACUUCUCUUGAAUCAGAAAGUACUUCCAAACUUUUUUUUUUCAGUUUGAAAAAAAAGAGGGCACUACAAUGCAAAUAUAUCAUUUAAAUGUAUUAAAAUAUCAUUUACAGUACAUAUUUACAGUACAAUACCACUCAGUCAGUCUUAUAUUUACUAAACAGAUUUAAAGCAAUGGAUCAUUUAAGUAUCAGGCAGCAUUGACAAUAUGCUUGAUUUUAUUGUUGUUGUAUGGCUGGAGCACCCAUGUUAACAUGUAUUAUUCCUUCUUGUGUUAUGUUAUGGAACUUAAUGGGAUUAUGUUCGAUUUCACUGACUUUCUGUAUAAUUCUCUGACUACUGAAAAGGACAGGGUAGACAUGCACUUACAUUACUUUGAAAGGAUGAUCUUUCAAAGUUAUAAAUCUAUUCUUGGGUGAUCAAUUGAUAAAGCUACACUUUCCUCACUAUAACAAGAUGAACAGCUUAUUGUCUGCAAAGGUACUGUAAAAAUGUCACUAAACAUGCUGCUUACCAGUUCUGGUGCACUGUGAUUGUAAAUUAAUGCAAAGGGUUUUAUCAUAUUACUCUUGAGAUCAUUACUGAAAAUCGUUAACAGAUAUACAAAAAUGUUGUCAUUUUUGUCUAUUAAUUGUACACCUCUCUCUCUCGCUCUCUCUCUCUUAUCAAUAUCCACCAUUUAGGUGAUACAAUUUGGAAUCAACUUUUUUCAACUUUCAACUUGAUCCUAAAAAUGAUUCUUGAAAUAUUGCAGUUUAACAUUCAUUAUAGUAACUGAUUCUCAUUGCUGAGAUUAAAGUAACUGAAGUUAGAUUUAUAUCCCACUUUAAUCAAUGUCUUUCUACUCUCAUUAAAUUGAAAUUAAGUGAAAUUUAUGCUGAUUGAACUGUUCUGAUCACUAAUAUGAGGUGUAUCACUGCAGUGGUAUUAGUUUGUUUUUCAUUUAACUCAAUGUAUAUUAUACUGUUGCAGUAAAUAUUUGUGCAGGUGAUAUUAUACUAUGUUGAUUUUAAUAAAUUUUGA